AUGGCCAAAACUAAAGAGAACCCUUUUCCAAGCAUUGCUCAAUGUGCAUCAAUUGGACGUGAUAAACACACGGUCGUCGCCGACAUGGACGGUACCCUACUAAGAGGAAGUAGCUCUUUCCCUUACUUUGCGUUAGUUGCCUUUGAAGUUGGUGGUAUAUUAAGGCUUCUCUUCUUGCUUUUAGCUUCCCCCGUAGCUGGAAUCCUUUACUACUUCAUCUCCGAAGCCGCUGGUAUUAGAGUUCUUAUCUUUGCAACCUUUGUGGGAAUGAAAGUGUCCGACAUCGAAUCCGUGGCUCGAGCUGUUUUGCCAAAGUUUUACUCCAGUGAUUUGCAUCCGGAGACUUGGAGGGUGUUCUCUUCAUGUGGGAAGAGAUGCGUGCUUACGGCCAAUCCUAGGGUCAUGGUGGAGACAUUUUUAAAGGAUUAUUUGGGGGCCGAUGUGGUUACUGGAACUGAGAUUCAUGUGUUUAGAGGUAGAGCAACUGGUUUAGUGAAGAGUCCAGGCAUUCUUGUAGGGAAGAACAAAGCUGAUGCGCUUGAGAAUGCGUUUAAGGAUGAGCCUGUAGCAGAUAUUGCUCUUGGGGAUCGAAAGACUGAUUAUCCUUUUAUGAAGUUGUGCAAGGAAAGCUAUGUGGUUCCAGCGAAGCCUAAGGUUGAAGCAGUAAGCCAUGACAAAUUGACAAAACCAAUAGUUUUCCAUGAUGGCCGGCUUGUUCAAAAACCAACCCCAUUCAUGGCACUUCUCACCAUUCUGUGGAUCCCAGUCGGCUUCCCCCUUGCCUGCCUCCGCAUCGCCGCCGGCGCCCUCCUCCCAAUGCCAUUAGUCUACUAUGCCUUUUGGGCACUUGGUGUGAGAGUUCACAUCAAAGGCACCCCACCCCCACCAGCCAAAAAGUCAAUAGGUCAAACUGGAGUCCUUUUCAUUUGCUCUCACCGAACCCUGCUUGACCCCAUCUUCCUCUCCACCGCUUUAGGCCGAAAGAUCCCUGCUGUGACGUACUCUUUAUCGCGUCUCUCCGAGGUCAUCUCCCCUAUCAAGACCGUCCGCCUUAGUCGAGAUCGAGCCACCGAUGCUUCCAUGAUCAAAAAGCUAUUAGAAGACGGUGACCUAGUUAUAUGCCCUGAAGGAACAACAUGUAGGGAACCAUUUUUGCUAAGGUUUUCCUCUUUAUUCGCCGAGUUAACCAAUGAACUUGUUCCGGUAGCCAUGGCAAAUCGGAUGAGCAUGUUCCAUGGAACAACAGCGAGAGGGUGGAAAGGGAUGGAUCCUUUUUACUUCUUCAUGAACCCUAGCCCUGCUUAUGAAGUAACAUUCUUAAACAAGUUGCCGCAUGAGUUAACUUGUAGUGCUGGGAAAUCAAGCCAUGAGGUUGCAAACUACAUUCAAAGAAUGAUUGCCGCAAGCUUGUCCUAUGAAUGCACAAGUUUCACUAGGAAAGAUAAGUAUAGAGCUUUGGCUGGAAACGAUGGCAUUGUGGUGGAAAAACCAAAGCUUUCUCCUAAUAAGGUCAUGGGGUGCUAGAAUUUUGCUUAACUUGGGUAUAACUGGAUCUUCUUCUACAAGUUUUGUGAGGAACCAAAUAUUUUGCCCCAUUAAAAAAUGUUAUAUACU